ACACGGUGCUGGACGUAACGGGACCCCGUCGAGCAGCAGGGAGGAGGGGGCUGCUCUCCGCUGGAUCCGCUAAUCGCCAACACUCUUCAUUACAGGGAUGUUCUGUUACCGCUAAUGCUGACUGAUGCAUAUCAGCAGCCCGGCCGACCCUGCGACACUAACCACCGACGGAUUUGAGGUCAACUUGAUAAUUAACGCUAUCCGUCCAGCUCCAGAGUGGGAUGUGCCAUGUCUGCUAGGUGGAGAUGAGAAUGAAACCCAGUCGCAACCUCCUCCUGGGCAUGUGCUCCAUGCUGGCCCUAGGAUUCCUCUACUACUCAUCAGGGAGGAUCAGUUUACGAGGUUGGGGCCACAAAUCAUUGUAUGACAAGCAAGGAUUCCUUUUGAAGCUGGAUGCUACUCUGCCUUUGGAGCUGAUGUACAAGUAUGGCAAUAUCAGUGAGGGUGUCUGUAAGCCAGGUUUUGCAGCUGCCAAAAUGACUGCCAUUUAUCCAAAGUUCACUAAACUGGCUCCCAUGUUCCUUGAUCCAAACUACAAGCGAUUCUCAAGAAUUGGUGAUUAUUUGCCUCCGUUUGGAGUAAAAACACAAGAGAAGAUCAUAGAUAUUCUUCUAUCUGCUACAAACAUGUAUGGCCUUGGAGAAGAACUUGACAGUAAGAGCUGUAAGACAUGCAUCAUUGUCGGGAAUGGAGGAAUCCUUGCUAACAAGUCUUUGGGACAAAAGAUCGAUGACUUUGAUGUUGUUGUCAGGUUAAAUGAGGCCCCAGUGAAAGGUUUUGAGAAAGAUGUUGGCUCCAAGACCACCAUAAGGAUCACCUAUCCAGAGGGAGCCAUUCAGAAGACGGAACGCUAUGAGGCUGAGUCCCUGUUUGUCCUUUCCGCUUUUAAAUCUCUGGAUUUUAAGUGGCUCAGACACAUGGUCUUCAACCAGCGACUGCGCAGCACCGAUGGUUUUUGGAAGUCAGUGGCCAGGCACGUUCCAAGAGAGCCCAGUGACAUGCGCAUCCUGAAUCCCUACUUCAUCCAGGAGGCCUCCUUCAAGCUGAUUGGCUUACCUCACAACAAUGGACAGAUGGGCAGAGGGAAUAUUCCAACCCUGGGGACAGUGGCCAUAACAAUGGCCCUUCAUAACUGUGAUGAAGUGGCUGUGGCUGGAUUUGGCUACAACAUGAGCACCCCCCACGCCCCACUGCACUACUAUGAGAAGAUCAGGAUGUCAGCCAUUAAAGAGUCCUGGACUCACAACAUAUCUAAAGAGAAGGAGUUUCUGAUGAAGCUUGUGAAGGCUGGAGUGAUCCAGGACUUGACCGGUGGGAUCUGUGGUGCAGGAUGCUGAUGGUCUCCACUCAGACUCAUGUCUCCUGGUUUGUAGCACUGUGCUCAAUCUCUUCCAGCUACUGAAGAGGAAGAACUCCAGGCUGUGCAGGCCAUGUUACCAGCAGAGAGCAGCAGCUGUCACACACCACGGUCCCUACAGACAGACUGUGUGUAUAUGAGGCUUACUGAGCAGGACACACUGCCCUAGUGCUAUAUAUUGACAUAUUGCAAGCAACUGGCCUCUGCAUUGUAUCAGUAUCACAGUAUUUAGCUUUUUCUAGCUGCAGGUUAGUGUAUAUUUACAUGGAUUUGGAGUCCUGGCUCAGGGGUACAUGUUUGGUUGCUGAGUUGGGACUUAAACCAGCGCCUGGAUCUGACUUCCUUCCUGCAACUGAAGAGAGAAUAAAAAUAUUGGGUUUAAACAUUGAGCCUGUGCCAAGAAUACCUCUCUAAGUGUCCUUCUGCUCAUACAUGUGAAUGUAAUCCAUAUCAAACGUACAGUCACCGAUUUCUAUCUUCCAGUUCCUGUUAAACAGGGUGCACACUACAUGACAUAUGAGCGAACCGUCCUGGACCAGGGUACACCCCCUCAUCAGAGCAACAUGGCAAUCAUCAGAGCUGCUUUGUUCUGAGUCAGAAUGUAUCUAUUAAGAUCUUCACAUUCAAAUGCAGUCUUAGCUUACAAUACUGAUCAGGCAGAUGGAAGCUUCCAUGUCCACUGUAUUUUACUUUAAAUUUGGCCAGAGCAGCUCGUGUCUCCGAAGCAUGAAAUUCACUAAUGAAUGUACAUUAAUGGCUGUUUUUGUUGACUGAUGAUUUUCAUUACUGACUUUGCCUUUACGUACAGUAAAGCCAGUCUUACUUGCACUUGUGACUUUGUGUCACUUCCUCUUUUAGGAAUACUACCAUUUCUCUCUGCUAAUAUUUAGUGUUCGGAGGAUACUGAUAAGAACCUUUUUUUUUUUCAUUUUACCCUCUGCUAUCCCUACCCAGAUCCCAAAUGUCUUUGUUUUUCCUUUUCCUCAAGACAGGCGGCGCGCUCUUAAGGGUGCAGCAGCCCGAGCUGCCAUUGGCAGGGCAGCUCAAAUGAAAUUUCAUUGUAUAUGAAAGUGUGCAAUGACAAUAAAGGUUUGAUUGAUUGAAAUAGAAAUAAAUGUGCUGUGGUAAAAUAAUUAAGUCCAGUCGGACAGUAUUUGUUGUUGAUCAUAACUGAUCCUAAAUAAGUUGCACACAUGUUUCCAACCUUCUGUCAGAGAAAAAGAUAUGCUUCUGAACCAACUAAAAUUUUCAUUGCCUCAUUCCAGUGGACAUGAGCUGUUACCCCACACGGUCUUGAAGUCACUUUUUAAUGUGUGGCCUGCAUCUGGAUUACACUGUUGAUUGCUAAUGUGUUCAGAAGACAGAAAUUCAUUCAGUCUCUGUACUUUUCUUACAGUAGUGUUCUGUUUUUUGUCUUUUACUUUGGUUUACUUGAUGUUUUUGUAUCGAUCUCAUCAGCCAGUGUUGUCAGUGUGCUGAACACUGCCAGUAUGUGCUCACCCCACUCACAGAAGACAAGCGCCUUUGUGUUUCAGUUUUUUUUCCGAAUGCUGAGUAAUGGAGAGCAUAUAUACACCUGGACAUCACAACUGUUUCUGUCUGAUGAAAUGAGUUUCUUGCAUGACUGCUGUUACUGGGAAUCAUAUCACACUGCAGUGUUUUCAUCACACCUGGGCCCUGUUCUUCAUAUAAAGUGACUUAGCUAGAUGUGGUUGUUGAUGAUUUGACACCGGACUUUUCAGCACCCCAAAGCUGCUUUGAACCUCAAGUGUGAAACAUUUUGUCUCCUACCUCUGGUAGCAGUUACACAAACACCAGUGCUAUGACAUAUGCCUCACCGUCAGUGUUUCUUCAUUUAGAUAGCAGUCCUUUCUAUUUUUGUUUAUCUGAAACAUCAGAAAUUUUUCUUGAAUGCUUCAUUACCUACUUUGUCUCUGUCGCUGCGAUUGCCUCCCUCUCUGUCUUCUUCAUUCUAACAAACCACUCAUUGCUGAUUAAAAUAAAAUUCAUUGGUACCAGUGCACCAAUGCCAGAUAGCUGCCACAGACAACAGAUUAAAAACCUCAGUAUGCUUCAGAAUAAAGAGACAUUUAGCUGCCACUGAUGGGCUUUAACAGCAGUGUAUGAACUUGUUUGACUUGCAUGUAAAAGAUGUUCAUUCAUACAUAAAAGUUCCACACUCCAGCUCAAGUUCAUCUGCAGCAAUUGUUUUAGCAACAAGACUUUCAGCUCAAAUCUGCAAAAGUGGAGCCAGUUAAAAGGCAGCUGCAUACUGUCUGACAGUUUCCAAAGUAAACAUCAAAUGCUGAGCCAGUAUCAGGUAUACACGGGCCUUUCCUUUUCAUCAUGAAUAGCAAAAUAUACAUUUCGUAUUUUAGAUGAGAGCAUAUAGCACAUUAAGAUCUGUUUGUCGGUCUUGUUCUCCAUCUGCUAUCCUACCCUAAAAAUCCUUCAUCCUUACUCUCACCCUAACCACCUUCCCUGAGCCUGGCUCUGUAGGAGGUUUUAUUCCUCCCUGUUAAAGGGUGGUUUUUGUUGUUUUGCGGUUCCUCCCACCAUCGCUGACUGCUUGCUCAUAUGGAAUCCAAAGGCAGCUUUGGAUUGUUGGGUUCUCUUUUUAAAUUUUGUAAGGUCUUUACCUUAUUACACAAAGUGCUAUGAGAUAACAUAUGUUGUGAAUUGGCACUAUAUAUAAUAAGACUAAACUGAAUUAAAUGUUUGUAGCAAACAAAUUUGUUUUCACAUUAAAGAGUAAAAUGUGUAGUUAGAGAUCAAAUAGGUCAGACAACAAUACAAAUGUGCAAUAAGCUAAUGAUCUAAAGUCAAACCUAGUUUUAGAUACAUAGUAUGCUGUAACCAAAUGAAGUACUUUCAUCCAAACACUUCCCAAUGUUAGACCUAUGAGAUGACAAAAUGUGAAUAAUUAACUCGAUCAGGGUCUUAAAAAGAGGCAAGUGGGUGUUUUGAUGAUCUUUGUUUUUGUUGGGUUCCUGUUUUGUUUGUCUUGUGUGCCCUCCAUCAGGGUGGGUGGCACAGAAUACAUUCCUGCCAAUGAUGUCACACUACUCCAGUGAUUUGUAGGUUGCUGUAAUAGACAAGCACACAAGCAAAGAUAUAGUUGUGCAAGCUGGUGAACACAUGUAAACAGUGUUCAGACCUAGAGGGUUUACACUGUGGUUUGGUGAUCAACUACAAAUGUAAGUACAGCAGAAACGCACUCCACAGGACAUCUUUAGGCUGCUUACAUCAUAUUAGUAUAGUUGUACCACGGUUCAAGAACAGGGUCCAGGUCUGAUUGGUAUUGAAUCAUUUUCUGCCUAAACUGUGUUUCAGGUGCACUGAAUGAUGUGAAUGUGUAAUGCUGAUUUUAAAGACCCUUCUCUUCACAUGUUAAGCUCAAUCUGACCUUUCCCUUUUCUUUUGAUCAACAACAAAACAGUUCAGUUCUUUCUCGUUAUUUGUGUGUCCAUCGAACACAGAAACAUUCCCCUCAGUCACCUUGCUCAGUACAGCCAAAGGCUGCUAUCUCAGGCCCUUAGACAUUUCUCCCAAUCGGUGUUGCUAUCAAACAUAUAAACUGAGCUUUAUCAAUCUGUCUUACUUUAAUUAUCAUGAUCAACUGUAUUGUGAAGCCUGUAUGUGUGUUGGUGUUGCUUAAUCCACUCUGGCAUGCACAGUUUGUGCUCACCUCACUGUAGGUGCUCAUGGACCUGAUGCUGACCAGAUGCUGAUGCCAAAGUAUUCAUAUAUUUAUUGUAGAUCCUGCACAAAACAGUUAAUAAAGAUAGAAGAAUGCA